GCACAGAACGGGUAAUCUCCAGCGGCAUUUCUGGAAAUUUCUCAUCCGCACUUACAACAACACGACGCAGAGCAAGCAACAGAUGUCGAAGAACCCAGCCUCCCCCCCGACCCACACCGCCCUCACACAUCCUGACCGCGCGAACAGCUCCUUCGCGAGCCUCUCCAAGUUCUUCAAGUUUUCCAAGUUUCCUUCCUUCCCCGAGGAACAAGAUAGCGAGGAAGAUGGCCAUGCCUCGCCCCCAGACGUAGAAGAGGCCGAAGAUGAAGAAGCCCUCAUGUGGGAUGCCCAAACUGCCCUGAUAGCGCACCAGCCAGACCUCGCUAUGAAGCUGUACGCCAAAGCUGCACUGCCGCCGCAUGCUUCGCCGGCGGCGUGUCUUGCGCUGGGAAAUCUGCUGAUCAGGGGGUCGGCGUUCAUGGAGGCGACGUCCACGCUUUCGAUGGAGCGGCCUGUCUCGCCUGCGGCUUCGACUCGUGCUGCUGAGAAACCGUAUGCGACGUCCUUCUGGUCCCGGUUCUUCGCCUUUCCCCCCUCCCCCUCCCCUUCGCCAUCUCCGUCGAACGCACUCUCCCCGCCACUAUCCCCCUCCGCCGCGAGAAAGAAACACGACCUCAUCGCUGCCGGCUGGCAGAUACCCAAAGAAGGCAAGCGCGCCGUGCGGGAUGUGGAGGGGAUGGGCGUGGCUGCGGCUUGGUUUGUGCUCGGUCUCGGAUGGGCGGUGGAGCAAGCCUGUGCGAGGGAGAGUAUCCCAGCAGUUGACGCCGCGAGGGAGGUUUUGGUGGGUAGGAAGGGGUCGGGUGAUGAAGAGGCGAUCGUCUUUGGGUCGAAGAAGGGUAAGGGCAAGGGCAAGGCGGUCCCUACGCAGAUGCCUGUGGCGGUGGAGUCCCCGAGUACGCCAGGUCUGGCGGCUUCGUCAGGCGCCAAUACCUCUGCAACGGACGAUUCUAUCGAGACGCCGCGUGAACUGGCGGGAGGGUUGUUUGAUGAGAUUGAAGAUGUCGAUGCUGAGCUUCCGAGUGUCAUCUAUGAGCUCCUCCGACCAUUACUCCGUCUUUACCGCCACGGCCAUAUUCAAUCCCAAGACCCCGUCGCUCUCCCGCCCAUCUCGCUCCAACAACUCCCCCCCGCGCUCAAGCCGAGGACAGAGAUGGAGAAGGGCCGGAAUGUGUGGGCGUUGGGGAGGGUGGUGUGUAGUAAGGUGAGGGAGCUGGGACUUGUUUGUGACAGGAGAGAGAAGGGAAAGGGGCCGGAGCAGGUUCGGAAAGCGGUUAUGGUUUUGACAGACUACAUCCUCGCCAUGACAUGCCCCCCAUUCCAAGCCGAAUUCCACUUCCGCCACAUCGCUUCAACAUCUCCGAUAGGACUGGAAGUAGCAGACGACUUGAUCGUGCAAGCUGGGAAGAGGCUCAAGACGAUCGUUACGGGGACGCCGAGGGAUGAGGCGGGGCUGGGCGGGUUCCCGUUCCCGGCACUUACGCCUCAGCGGGCGGUGGUGGCUUCGCGGCGGGGGGGCAGGACGCCUGGAGAUGGGAAGAAGGAGAAGGAGAGGAAAGCGUCGAUCACGUCGUUGGCGUCGGUAUUGUCUCCGCCGAGGAUACUGCACUCGACAAAAUCGACAGCUUCGCUCGCGGCGCUCGCAGACCCCGACCCCGACAACGAGCUCCAGAGUGCUGUCCCUUUUUCGUCUGAGGUGAAAACGGAGGGGGCGGUGGAGACGCUCAGAAGGGUGCAGGUGCAGAUUGGUGUUUGGGAUGGUGUCGAGUGGCCCGGAGAGGAGGGGAUGGGGAUGGGGAAGGGAAAGAGGACGAUGAGGAGGAGGAUAUCGGCUGGGGAGGUUGAUGGGGAGGUAGAGCAGGGGAUGGGGCUUGACGUGCCGAACAAGACGAUCAGGGCGGUAGCGUCUUCACCUCAACUUCCUUCCCUUCUCUCCGUCCCUCCUUCGCAUACCAACCGCCGACAAUUACCAUUCGAACCCUCUCAACACGACGCGAUCAUGCCGAUAGACCCCGCCCUCGCCGAAGCAGAAAGACGGAGCGCGUUGACGAAGAAUGUAGAGUGCGGGGUAUGUAUGAUGAAGGGGGUGAACUUUCCGGAGUGUAGGAGGUGUGGGAUGACGUUUUGUGGGAGGGAGUGUAGGGUUGGGGAGGAGAAGGCUGGGAAUGGGAAGAGACAUAUUUGUGGAGCAUGGGAGUCUAGGAAGUUGCUUAGUGUCCCGACGGCGGCGCCGGGGAGGCGGUCGGGCUCGAAUGGGGGUCUCGCGACGUCGCCGAGGGUUGCAAAGGUCUACUAGUGCUAAAGAUGAUAGUGGUACUGUAACGAUUUGUAUAACAGUCAUAGAAUGUACAUAUUGCAUGGAUCUGUAC